AUGGCGGCAAUCAGGACGAUGACGAACAUGUUCCUGCGCGAAAUAAUCCAUCACCCGCUUCUCUUUCACUCGUCAUCGAAAUCGUGUCAAUUUCUUUUGCCUUCCCUCCGUCGCAGUACCGGAACUGUUCUGGUUCACUCAAAUCCCCGAUUCGGAUCCUUCCGAUGUGCGGCUUCGACCUCCGGUGGAGGAAAUGGUGAUCGGAAGGUUUCUUCACGGUUGUCUCAGGUGCAACAGAUGCUUCAUGAGGCGGAGGAGAGGGCUAAUUCCGCCGGCAAUGAGCCUACUCCUCAAAUCACACUAGACCAUGUUACACUUAACUUUGCUAGAAGUGGUGGUCCUGGAGGCCAGAAUGUGAACAAAGUGAAUACCAAAGUGGAUAUGCGAUUCAAUGUGAAAAACGCUUACUGGCUAAGUGACAGGACCAGAGAGAAAAUCAUACAGACGGAGAAGAAUCGAAUCAACAAGGACGGUGAGCUUGUGAUAUCUUCAACCAAAACCAGAACGCAGAAAGGCAACAUCGACGAUGCACUUGCUAAACUACAGGAGAUAAUUGAUGCGGCUUCAUAUGUUCCACCACCACCAUCAGAAGAACAGAAGAAGAAAAUUGUAAAGAUGGCUGCGAAAGCUGACAAUAAACGACUUAAAAGCAAGAAAGUUCUUUCGGACAAGAAAGCUGCGAGAAGAGACCGAAGUAGUUGGGAUUAA